AUGGUUGCUGGGUCCCCGUCCUCGAAGGAGAACGUGCCUGUCCAUAGCGGUGACACGAGCUUCAAGCUCAGUAUGGAGUCUGAACCUGCGCCCAAGAGGCGAAGGCUGGAUCCUCCCUCAUUCUCGAGCUCUCAACCCACGCAAUCCUCGUUUGCCGACGUUUUGCAGAGGCUGAAGGAGGACACGAAUGAGAGUAAAGACGCAGAGGGUGGUGCAGAUCAAUGGGCGCGUCCUCGUCUCGUCCCCAUCAAUUCAAAACGGGACAGCAUUGUGUUCCAGCAAAUAGACAUCGAGGACUCCGUCAACUAUCAGAAUGGUGCAACCACUAUUAGGAUGUUUGGCGUAACCGAAAAUGGCAACAGCGUGCUGGCCCAUGUCAUCGACUUCUUGCCAUAUUUCUACAUCGCGACACCUCGAGGCUUCAUUACUGAAGACCUCGCUCCCUUCAUGCGUCAUGUCAACGCUCAGGCGGACAGUCCCGCCGUCAAACACAUGGAUAUUGUCAGCAAACGCAGUCUGUGGGGUUAUAGAGGAGAUGACUGGGUCAGCUUCAUCAAGAUCACACUUUCAGAUCAGAGAAGUCUUCCACGCGUCCGAGAUAUGGGACAGUGUGCCUACAAGGAAUUCUUCAUGCACGAAGUAGCCACCUUUGAGAGCAACAUUGCGUACACGCUGCGAUUUAUGAUUGAUACUCGGGUGGUGGGCAUGAACUGGAUAGAGGUACCGGCUGGUCAGUACGAGCUCCUGAACGGAAAAGACAAGAAGUCUCAGUGUCAGAUUGAGCUGAGUGUCAAAUGGGACAAAUUCAUCUCGCAUUCACCCGAUGACCAGUGGUCCAAGACCGCACCACUCCGCAUCUUGAGCUUUGAUAUCGAGUGUGCGGGACGUAAAGGCAUUUUCCCCGAAGCAAACGUCGACCCAGUCAUUCAGAUUGCGAAUAUGGUAACCCGGCAGGGUGAAACCAAGCCGUUUAUACGCAAUGUGUUCACGCUCAAUACGUGUGCAAACAUUGUUGGCUCGCAAGUCAUCUCAUUCUCUGACGAGCAAGAGAUGCUGGAGAAGUGGCGCGACUUCGUGGAAGAGGUUGACCCAGAUGUCAUCAUCGGGUACAACAUAGCGAACUUCGAUCUGCCUUAUCUGUUGGACCGGGCACAGGCUCUCAAGUCCAAGAGUUUCCCGUAUCUCGGCCGAAUACUCAACAAGCAGACGCAGAUUAAAGAUACUCACUUCUCCUCCAAAGCAUUCGGUCAACGCGAUUCGAAAGAAACACAGAUGGACGGCCGGCUGCAAAUUGAUAUCUUACAAUACGUCCAACGCGAGUACAAGCUUCGAAGUUACACGCUUAACUCUGUCUGUGCACACUUCCUUGGCGAGCAAAAGGAGGACGUGCAUCACUCCGUCAUCACCGAACUUCAGAAUGGCACGCCGGAAUCGCGACGGCGUCUCGCUGUGUACUGUUUGAAGGAUGCGUAUCUCCCUCAGCGGUUGAUGGACAAACUCAUGUGCUUCAUCAACUACACAGAGAUGGCACGUAUCACGGGCGUACCAUUCAACUAUCUGUUGUCUCGCGGGCAGUCGAUCAAAGUACUGUCUCAGCUCUAUCGAAAGGCAAACGAUGACGGUUACAUCAUCCCCGCGCUGAAGGGAGAGGGGUCUGAGGAGGGGUACGAGGGUGCCACCGUCAUCGAGCCCAAGAAAGGUUACUAUGACGUUCCUAUCGCGACUCUCGAUUUCAGCUCGCUGUACCCCUCUAUCAUGAUGGCGCACAAUCUUUGCUACACGACACUUCUAGACAAGGCUACGGUGGAUCGUCUCAAGCUAGUUAAGGAUGUGGACUACAUCCAUACACCCAAUAACGAUCUGUUCGUGAAAGCCUCCAAAAGGAAAGGGCUAUUGCCAACGAUCCUCGAGGAGCUGAUCGGUGCUCGGAAGCGCGUCAAGGCGAUGCUGAAGCAGGAACCCGAUCCCUCCAAACGCGCCGUCCUGGAUGGCAGACAGCUUGCUCUCAAGAUCAGCGCCAACUCCGUUUACGGUUUUUCUGGAGCAACUGUUGGCAAGCUACCCUGUCUGGCAAUCUCUUCAAGUACCACGUCCUAUGGACGACAGAUGAUCGAGAAGACCAAGCAAGAGGUGGAGGCCGAGUAUUGCACAGCAAACGGCUACGACCAUGACGCCACUGUCAUCUACGGCGACACCGACUCUGUGAUGAUUCGGUUCGGCCCUGGCGACCUCCCUACAUGUAUGCGGCUAGGGAGCGAAGCAGCGGACUUGGUGUCGAGCAAGUUCAUCAAGCCCAUCAAACUGGAGUUCGAGAAGGUUUAUUUCCCUUACUUGCUUAUCAACAAGAAGCGGUAUGCAGGACUAUACUGGACCAAGACCGAGAAGUACGAUAAGAUGGAUGCGAAGGGCAUUGAGACCGUCCGUCGAGACAACUGUCGGCUUGUGUCGACUGUUAUCGAGACCUGCCUUCAUAAGAUGCUCAUCGACCGUGAUGUCAAGGGGGCCGAGGACUAUGUGAAGCAGACAAUCUCUGAUCUGCUCCAGAACAAAGUAGACAUGUCUCAACUGGUGAUCACGAAAGCUCUUUCCAAGACGAAAGAAGACUAUGCUGGCAAGCAGGCGCACGUUGAACUGGCGGAACGUAUGCGCCAACGAGAUGCAGGUUCUGCACCUGCACUUGGAGAUCGCGUUGCAUACGUGAUUAUAAAGGGUAUCAAAGGUGCCGCGGCGUACGAGAAGUCCGAAGAUCCCAUCUACGUGCUCGAGAACAAUAUACCCAUCGAUACCAAGUACUAUCUUGAUAACCAACUUUCCAACCCUCUUAUGCGUAUAUUCGAGCCCAUCCUAGGGGACAAGGCCGCAACCCUCCUCUCCGGCGACCACACUCGGACAAUCCAGAUCGCGACUCCGACGGUCGGUGGGCUGAUGAAGUUCGCCGUGAAGACGGCCACCUGCCUAGGAUGCAAAACGCCUCUGAAGGCUAGCAAUAGCGUGAAGAACGGCGCGGUGUGCAACAACUGCAGGCCAAGGCUUGGGGACUUGUAUCAGAAGCAGGUGUCGACAACCUCGGACUUCCAGGUGCGCUUCUCACGUCUAUGGACGCAAUGCCAACGUUGUCAAGGGUCUCUGCACCAGGAUGUCCUCUGCACGAGUCGCGAUUGCCCUAUUUUCUACAUGCGAAAGAAGGCCCAGAAGGACGUCGAGGACGCGAAUGUCGUCUUGGACCGUUUCGAUGGAGAGCUGUGGUGA